GACAUCCAGCUGACCCACCGCCGCGUCUGGGCGCUGCAGGGCAAGCUCGGCGGCGUGCAGCGCGUCCUCGGCACGCUGGACCCCAAGCAGGAGGCAGUGCCUGUCUCUAACCUGGAUAUCGAAAGUAAGUUGAGUGUGUACUACCGCGCACCGUGGCACCAGCAGAGAAACAUCUUUCUCCCAACCACGAGGCCACCCUGUGUGGAAGAACUGCACCGCCACGCCCGGCAGAGCCUGCAGGCCCUGCGCAGAGAACAUCGAAGCCGAAGUGAUCGCCGAGAGCAGAGAGGCACUGUCCCCCUUUCUGUUGCAGCCCCGCCACUGCCAGCCUAUCCCCCAGCUCACAGCCAGAGGAGACGCGAAGUCAAGGACCGACACUUCUUAACGUUUAACAGCACCCGUUCGCCCUCCCCCACUGAGUGUUGCCACAUGACCCCAUGGAGUAGAAAGUCCCAUCCCCCGGAGGACGAAGAUACAGAUGUCAUGUUAGGGCAGAGGCCGAAAAACCCAGUACACAAUAUUCCCUCGACACUGGACAAGCAGACCAACUGGAGCAAAGCACUACCUCUCCCGACGCCAGAGGAAAAGAUGAAACAAGAUGCUCAAGUGAUUUCUUCUUGCAUUAUUCCCAUCAAUGUCACUGGAGUUGGUUUUGACAGAGAGGCUAGUAUACGCUGCUCUCUUGUUCAUUCACAAUCUGUACUACAGCGAAGACGAAAACUGAGGAGGAGGAAAACCAUCUCGGGUAUCCCCAGAAGAGUCCAACAAGAAAUAGAUUCUGAUGAGUCGCCCGUGGCCAGGGAAAGGAAUGUGAUCGUGCACACAAAUCCAGAUCCUUCUAACACCGUCAAUAGGAGAUCUGGAACCAGGGACUCAGAGUGCCAAACUGAAGACAUUCUGAUUGCUGCUCCAUCCAGAAGGAGAAUCAGAGCUCAAAGAGGUCAAAGCAUUGCAGCUUCCCUUUCUCAUUCUGCUGGCAACAUUUCUGCAUUGGCAGACAAAGGUGACACCAUGUUUACGACUGUAGUGAGCAGCCGCACAAGAUCUCGGAGCCUUCCCCGGGAGGGCAAUAGAGGUGGGGAUGCUGAACCUAAAGUUGGUACUAAACCCUCAGCAUAUGAAGAGGGGGAGCCUCUUGUGGGUGAUCGAGAAAGAACACCUAAUGAUUGCAGCGAGGUUGCCAGCAGCCCAGGUGCACAGGAACACCAGCCUGCUUUGGGCCUGGCCUGUUCUCAACAUCUUCACAGCCCCCAGCACAAGUUAAAUGAGAGAGGGAGGUCACGUCUGUCCCGAAUGGCUGCCGACUCUGGCAGCUGUGACAUCUCCUCCAACUCAGACACCUUUGGGAGCCCCAUCCAUUGCAUCUCCACAGCUGGUGUCCUCCUCAGCAGCCACAUGGACCAGAAAGAUGACCACCAGUCAUCCAGUGGCAAUUGGAGUGGGAGCAGUUCCACAUGUCCCUCACAGACCUCAGAGACAAUCCCUCCUGCAGCUUCUCCUCCCCUCACUGGCUCUUCACACUGUGACUCGGAGUUGUCACUGAACACGGCCCCUCAUGCUAAUGAGGACGCCAGUGUCUUCGUGACAGAGCAGUACAAUGACCACUUGGAUAAAGUGAGAGGCCACCGGGCAAAUUCCUUUACCUCCACUGUGGCAGAUCUUUUGGAUGACCCCAACAAUAGCAACACAAGUGACAGUGAGUGGAAUUACCUACACCACCAUCAUGAUGCCUCCUGCCGCCAGGAUUUUAGUCCUGAGCGCCCCAAGGCAGACAGCCUGGGCUGUCCGAGCUUCACAAGCAUGGCCACUUAUGACAGCUUUCUGGAAAAAUCUCCAUCGGACAAAGCAGACACUAGCUCUCACUUUUCGGUGGACACGGAAGGAUAUUACACCUCAAUGCACUUUGACUGUGGUCUCAAAGGUAGUAAGAAUUAUGCCUGUCAUUAUGCAGCCCUGGGCCCAGAGAAUGGCCAGGGCAUUGGAGUUCCUCCUACUCUUCCUGACUGUGCCUGGCAAGACUACUUAGACCACAGGAGGCAGGGGAGACCAAGCAUCUCCUUCAGGAAACCAAAGGCAAAGCCAACCCCACCUAAAAGGAGCUCAUCGUUGAGGAAGUCUGAUGGAAAUGGAGACAUUUCUGAGAAGAAAGAACCAAAGAUAAGCAGUGGUCAGCUCCUGCCUCACAGUUCCAGGGAAAUGAAGCUGCCUCUUGAUUUCUCCAACACGCCUUCUCGAAUGGAAAAUACCAGUCUUCCCACCAAGCAGGAACCUUCGUGGAUCAACCAGAGUGAACAUGGUAUUAAGGAACCUCAGUUAGAUACUUCAGAUAUUUCACCAUUCAAAGAUGAAGGUGCUGAAUCAACUCACUAUGCAGACCUCUGGCUUCUAAAUGACUUGAAAACAAAUGACCCUUACAGAUCUUUAUCUAAUUCAAGCACGGCUACGGGUACCACAGUUAUCGAAUGCAUCAAAUCUCCAGAGAGCUCUGAAUCCCAAACAUCCCAGUCCGAAUCAAGAGCCACUACCCCAUGCAGCAAAAGAAAACCGAAAGUUCCAGAAAGGAAAUCUUCACUACAGCAACCCUCUUUAAAAGAUGGAGCUCUGUCACUGAGUAAAGAUCUCGAACUUCCAAUUAUACCUCCUACCCAUCUUGACCUAAGUGCUCUUCAUGUCUUGAAUAAACCAUUCCACCACCGUCACCCAUUGCAUGUUUUUAGUCAUAAUAAGCAGAACACAGUAGGGGAAACACUGAGAUCGAAUCCACCACCGUCCCUUGCAAUUACGCCGACAGUCCUGAAAUCUGUUAACCUUCGGUCCAUCAGUAAGUCUGAAGAAGUUAAGCAAAAAGAAGGCAACAAUACAGAACUCCCCUACUUAGAGCAAAGCACUCUCACAAUGGCUGCCCUGUCUCCAGGUAAGAUUAGGCCACAUAUGGCUAAGAAAUCAAUAUCACGUCAGUACGCCACUGAAGAUACCAUUCUGUCCUUUUUAGACUCCUCUGCAGUUGAGAUGGGACCGGAUAAACUACAGUUAGAAAAAAAGUGUACUUUUGAUGUGAAGAGUCAUUGUGAUCCAGAAACAGUAACCUCAGCUGAUAGCAAUCUGCUAGAUUCAAGUGUCACAAAAGACCAAAUACAUAUGGAGAGUGAGCCUAUUCCAGAAAACAGACCAAGUAAAAAUGGUGACUUUCCCACAGAAGGAUUUCAGAAGGUCUCUGCUGCCCGCCCAAAUGAUUUGGAUGGUAAAAUACUACAAUAUGGAGCUGGUCCAGACAGAGCCCUACCACAGGUCCAGAAGAUAUUCUCUGUAGAUCGUGAAGAAGUUGCACACAUUGAAUCUGUGGAUGUGCUCACAUCUCAGUCACACUCAUCCAAUAGAGACACAGACAUAAGCAGUCAACUUAAGCAUCAACUUGGGAUUAGCCGCCACCAUGACAAAGUGCCUGGGAAUAUCAGCUAUGAAGCAGAGCUAUCAACUGCAAAUUCAUACUAUGAAAAAUGUUCUGAGCAGGAAAAUAUUGCUUCAAGUAUUUCAGCCAAAAGUGCCUCUGAUAACAGCGGAGCAGAGGAGAACCAAGGAAGUAUGGAUGAGGUUUCAUUGAAAGAAUCGUCACUGAGUGAUGACUCAAUGAUUUCACCGCUUAGUGAAGACUCUCAGGCUGAAGUGGAUGGUGUGUUUGUGUCUCCAAACAAACCUCGAACAACUGAAGAUUUAUUUGCAGUCAUUCACAGGUCCAAGAGGAAGGUACUUGGAAGAAAAGAUUCCGGGGACAUGUCUGUUCGAAGCAAAUCGAGAGCUUCCCUUGGCAGCAGUAGCAGCAGUGGUGCUGGUUCUGUCACUUCACCCAACAACAGUGUGACAGCCCCAAACAGCCACAGGUCUCCUGGCCUCAUCUACCGAAAUGCCAAAAAGUCCAACACAUCGAAUGAAGAGUUUAAGCUGUUACUCCUCAAGAAAGGCAGUCGCUCAGAUUCCAGUUACCGCAUGUCUGCCACUGAGAUCCUGAAGAGUCCCAUCCUGCCCAAACCUCCUGGGGAUCUCACGGCUGAGUCCCCCCAAAGCACCCAUGAGGCCCAUCAGGGGGCACCUGGGCUGGAGGCAUUGUCCCCACUCUCUCCAUGCUCCCCACGAGUUAAUGCAGAAGGGUUUUCCUCGAAGAAUUUUGCCACGUCAGCAUCAGCAAGGGUUGGACGUUCCCGGGCGCCCCCUGCGGCCAGCAGCAGCCGCUACAGUGUCCGCUGCAGGCUGUACAAUGCGCCCAUGCAGGCGAUCUCUGAGGGCGAGACGGAAAAUUCCGACGGGAGCCCACACGAUGACAGAUCCUCCCAGAGUUCAACUUAGGUUGCCUGUGCCAGGCUUGCUGUCAAAGCCAAAACUCUUAGUCAUAUGAGGAUGGAGGAACAGAACAGAAGACUAGAGAGAAGUCAGCACAUCACGGGGUACCAUCACAUAUUACCAAUGAAUUCCUAAAUAUUUGCUGGAGAAACGGAAGGUGGUUUGGUCUUUCUUGAUUAUUUACCAUGUUUUUAAGUAGCUGCACUGUCUUUCAUAUUUUUCUUUAGCUUAGUUUGAGUUACCCAAUCGUAUUCUUUUUGAUAAUAUAGAAUUCAAAAAUGUCUGCUUUUCAUGAAACCUAGAAAAAAGUUUUCCCAGAGCUGCCUAUUCAGAAAACAAAACCCUCACUGUCAUAAUUCUUAAGAAGAUAAAAUUACUCUGGAGGUUUGGUAUUUUUUUACAUUAAAAUGAACUAAAGCAAAAUUUAGAAGAAAGGACUACACACAUGUAAAUACCAUAUUUUUGAUAAAAAUGUGUAAAUAGAUUUAUCAAUGACGAGUGGACAUGUGGCCAAUUAUCUACCACACACCGUUUAUAGAACACAACAGAUAAAGUGUAAUAAUUGUAUUCUGUGAAUACCAUUUUCAUAUCAAAUACCAUAUUUAAAUGUCCACCAGUAUGAUUUCUGAAUGAUAAACCUCAAGUAUGAAUUUUAAACUGAUAAAAUAAAGGAAAUCUUGAGGUCAUCUACUGAAAUGUGAUUAAUUUAAAAUAAUGAAUUCAGACCUAACCAUUUUUGUGACAAAUUGCAGCACCAAACAAGCUAAUAGUAGUAAUCACGUGGCUGUGGUUUGCCACGUGGUAAUUUGGACAGAAUGAGAAGCAUGCUUUUGAUUUUUUUUUAAUCAAUGAGAGAAAUCAUCAUUCUCAACACAAAGCCCUGAGCAACAGCAUUUGACAGUGUCCUUUAAACUUUAAUUUUUCAACAGAUUGCUUUAAAGAGAAUGAAUAGGGAAAAUAGUAGUAAAUUUUAGGUUAUGUUUUAUAUUAGGCUACUGGAGACAUACACAGUCAUAAUCUAAUGACUAUAAUCUUUAAACUCCUUAAACAUUCUAGCAAUUAGCUCCGGUUCUUUAACUAAGAAAAAUAAAACAUGAGCAUGCCACAGAGCUGUUGAUUUAUCAGUAAAUACCUGCAAUGAGUUUUCAGUGAAGCUUUCUCUCUGUGCUGAUGAGAUUCAUGCUACCUAAAAAUUAACAGAUAUGACACUGUGAACAAAGUAGUUGGGAAAUAGGUAUGUGUGUAUAUGCAUUAUUUAUAUUCACUGUUAAACUGGGAAUGGGGAACAGCUCUGGUUCACAAUGCUACAUAAAACUGAGUUUUUGUCUGAUUUUACUAUAUCUGCUUGAUGGCAAAAGGGGAGGGGUGGUGGGUGGGAAAGGAAAUGUCAGGGCACAUGCUCUGAUAAAAUGAAGGCAGGGAAACAAGCUGAAUUACUUGAAAUUACUUGAAUUUUCUUGUCUUAAAACUGAAAAAAUGUAGUUACAAGUUAAAAUCUGCAAAUAGUUUUUACACCUCUGAUUUUAACAUGAACUGAUGCUAAUGUUUGAAAUGAUGUCAGAAAUAUAAGCAGUUAUGUACUUAUGUUUUGAAUAGGAGAAGGUAGAAAGUAGAGAGAACUAAGAAAGGAUAUGGCCUAUAAAAGAAUAGAAUGUGAUUAGAAUGAUAGAACAUACCAGAGUUACCAAGAAAUUGAUAUGCAUCUGGCUUUAAGCUUAUGCAAGUGGUAUUUGGGAAAAUAGGAUGUGUGAAAGGGAGUUUGUGGUUUUGGUUUAAUUCAUGCAAUAUGAAGGAGAAAGCCUGGUCUAAGAAGAUGCUGUCUUUCAAUAGAAACACUUCCUAAGAUCUUGCAGAUUGAGAAUUUGAGAAUCUGAUUGCUGUUCAGUUUUUCUGUUUGUCUGGAAAGAAAAAAAAACAUGUCUGGAUUCUACUAUUUGUUUUCACUAUCGAAUCGUGUUUCUUAAUUUCUUGUCAUUCUUGUAUGUAAAAUGGGUGCUGGGGGUGGUGGGGUAGAGG